AUGAGCAGCCCUCAAAGUGUUCAAGGAAUCACUAUAGACGACCUUCCUUCCAAGUCAGCAGCAAUAGAUGAUAAUCUUGACUUUAAAGGUUCAUCUCAUUCGAAAAAGUCUAGUCGACGUAAACAUAGACGAGGGAGACCAAGCCAGAAGUCCCACAGACGGAGCAGUUCUGAUGAGCUCGCGUUAAGCCGCUCUUCGCAUGAGAAAAGCGACGAUUCAGAAUGGAUGUCCAGCCUCUCUUCGCAUGGGAAAGAACGCCGUUCGAAGAAGCGGUCGGGAUUAAGCCGCUCUUCGUACGGUAACAGCGAUGAUUCAGAUCGGAUGUCUAGUCUCUCAUCACAUGGCAAAGAGAGCAGUCCGAGAAAGCUAUCGUUAUCAAGCCGCUCUUCGCAAGGUAAAACUGAUGAUUCAGACCGGAUGUCCAGUCUCUCUUCUCAUGGAAAAGAAAGCAGCAGUCCGAAAAGCCGAUCUAGCCGAUAUACAUCCCAUGACAAACGUGACAGUUUAAGGCGGUCUUCGUCCUAUAGAAAGAGCAAACCUGAGCGUGCGUCAAGUAUGCGUGGUAGUACUGCUGGUUUAAGUCAGUCUCCUCGUCCUCGUCUGAAAAGGAGCAGUUCGACGAAGUCAUUAACUCAGCCUUCUCCCAAAAACAAAAACAAAAAUGACAUCUUGAGUCUAUCUGUCCACGAGAUUGGAAGUGUUGGUCGUCUAUCACAUGCGUCUCCUCGGCGCCGAGUGAGCAAUGACGAUCGUUCGCCUGGUGGACCAUCUUUAAAGAAAAACAAAUCGGAGCGAACAUCAUCAAGCCAUUCAAGCUCACAAAGCAGGCGACAUGAUGGUGGCGGAUUAUCAAGGCACCGUUCCUCACGAGAAAAGCGAGAUAGUGGCGAUCAUGGACCAUCAAGGCGGUCUUCGAACGGUGCUUCGGAUAGGAAACCAAGCAGUCGCUCGCCUAGGAACGGUAGUAGAAGAAACGAUCCCGAACGUGGCCACUCCAGUAGAAGAAACAUGAAAUCAGAUAAUGUGGACAGUCUAUUGAACGUUGGAACCAUGAGUGUCCUCACAGAAGGUACUAACGAAGAAAGUUCACGCCACCACAGAAGAACAGCAACUGAUGCGCUGUACAGGUUUGACGCAGAUUCCAAGGCUAAGGCAAAAUCAACUAGAGGAAAUGCACAGUCACCCAGUUUACCAGGUGUGCAACAAGUAUUCAGUUCAUCUGCCACUGUGGCUACCAACAUGUCUAGUGCAACUACCAGUACGCUGUACGGAAACGAUGAGGAUGCCAAGGCCAAGGCAAAAGCGUCCAGAGGUGGUUUGCCGCCAGCAACUGUACCAGGAGUACAGACUGUUUGCAGCCCAUCAGAUACCACCGUUGCUACCAAUAUGACUAGUGCGACCACCAGUACGCUGUACGGAAAUGAUGCAGAUGCCAAGGCCAAAGCAAAAGCAUCGAUAGGGAAUUCUCAAUUUGCUACAAUGCCAGGUGUGGAGACUGUGUUCUCUUCAGGUGCUAGCAUGUUUAGCGGUACGAGUACUACAACUACCAGUACACUCUACGGAAGUGACACCGAUGCCAAGGCCAAGACAAAAGCGUCGAGAGGAAGUUCCUUAUACGCAAGUAAACCAGGUGUGGAGAGCGUCAGUGUGGUGGCUUCUGUUGGAGGCGAAAGUACCUCCAGUAACGCUAUCGGGACUCUAUAUGGGAGUGAUGCCGAUGCCAAAGCAAAGGCAAGAGCUGGACGUGGGGGCUCGACAUAUGCGGCAAAUCUGGGUGUAUCACGUGCGACCCUUCCCGCAGCAAUGGAGCCUGUAGCCGAGGGUGUCAAUGAAAAAGAUGGAGAAGGACGUACAGCUUCCGAGUCCGGGAGCAUUAUAGAACCAGAAAGCAAUGACGAUGACGACUCUAAUGUAGUGCAAGAGAACGACGACAAGAAGAAGAAAAGAAGGAGGAGGGGGAUUGGCUUUUGCUUGUGCUGCUGCUUGUUACUAUUGCUCAUUGCAGGGGGGAUUGGUGUCUGGUUCGUUCUGUUUCGAGAUGACGGUAGUGGCCAAGAUAGUCAAAUCAACACUUCUGGUAUCCAAGAUCUAUCCACUGCACCCUCGUCGCAACCUUCAACAUUCUUUGCUCCGGGUCCGUCGAUGAAUGUGCCCGGUUCGCCUACUGGCGCGCCAGUCUUGGAAGAAAUUAUAUUCGAGCCUCCCAGCGAAUCAAAUUGCGAUGCCAUUGCCAAGAACGAAACCAUCGCCGGACGAGAUGAGCUGGACAAUGCUGAUUUUGGCCUGAGUUUGGAAGUCGUGUUGUCGGAGAAUACCACCAUGACAAGAUCAUUGGUGGACGACUUGUUGAUCGCAAUUCAAGAGAAAAUUCUUCCUUCCAUCGCUGGUUGCAAUAUUCGUGCGGACGAAUUUGUAGAGGCCUGGCGUUUUGUCAUCUUCGACGCCUUUGCAAGUGGCAAUGCUAUGCCCGACGAAGCGUGCACCAAUAGUGAUUUGGUAGGGCAGAACUGCCAUCGGGUGAAUGUUCAAUUAGACGUGUUCCUGAAAGGGUUUGUAAGGUUUCUUGACAUUAUUCGACUGAUCAGUGAAGAGGAGUUGAACCUUGCGAAUAAUCUGGAGUUGUCGGAACCAUUUUCGAUCAUUCAACUGGUUGCGAUCGACAGCUUGACCCCAACAAAUGCGCCGACAAUCAUGUCAAGCGAUGCACCAAGUUCUUCGCCAUCGAAAGGUCCGACAUCAAUGCCGACUUCUCUUCCGACAGGAUCACCUUCAAAGUCUCCGACACAAAUGCCGACUGUACCGGGUCAGACACGUGUGCCAAGCGUAGAACCAUCAUUAGCACCAAGCGCUUCUCCAACCGCCACAACAGUACCUACAGCGUUGCUUGUUGUGCCGACAGCUUUUCCAACGGAGAGUCCAAGUUCACGUCCAAGUAUGGCACCAAUUGUGGGUCCUACACCACCCCCAACAAAAAGUCCCACAAAAAUUCCAACGGAGAGUCCAAGUUCACGUCCAAGUAUGGCACCAGUUGUUGGUCCCACGCCACCCCCAACGAGAAGUCCAACAAAAAAUCCAACGGAGAGUCCAAGUUCACGUCCAAGUAUGGCACCAGUUGUGGGUCCCACACCACCCCCAACGAAAAACCCAACAAAAUUCCCAACUGUUAGUCCAAGCCCGCGUCCAAGUAUGACACCAGUUGUGGGUCCUACACCACCCCCAACGAAAAGCCCGACAAAAAGUCCAACUUUGCUCCCAAGUACUAUGCCAAGCGCACGACCAACUCCCUUUCCCACGGCGAGACCCAGUGCGACGCCGACCAAAUUGCCCACGAAAUCACCGACCAAAACGCCCACGAAAAAUCCAAGUGCUUCUCCUUCAAGCAGGCCUAGUAGCAGACCAAGCAGCUCGCCAUCAGCGCGGCCAACUUCUUCGCCCAGUGCAAAGCCUUCGAGCAGUCCCAGUGUAGGUCCGUCAGCGUUACCAAGUCCAGUACCAAUUAUUACCUAUACGCAGCUUGCGAAAAACGAAAAUUGCCCUGUGGGCAACGCCAAUUAUUUGAGCACGGUUGGAGGUCUUGCUGAUGAAGACGAAUGUGCCAAAGAGUGUUUCUACACGUCAGGCUGUGUCGUGUUCGUAGUUGGGAAAACUAGAGGCCAGUUAGACUGUUACUUGUGCAAUGGCGGUGGCAACUUGGUGCAGGAUGGUGGUACAACUGCAUAUUCAUUGACUACAUAG